AAAUAACCUAGAGAAUAUGGUCUCGCGAGAAAAAAUAUGGUUUCUCGAUUAUUGUUUACAUUAUUGAAAAUAGAGAACCGAACCGGAUUAACACCAAUCGAAUGAACAGGACCGUUCCUCCUUACUAGCAGAGAGGUCGGGGAGAGAGGGAGGCAAAAGUCGGGUGUAAUAGAAGGGAUUCUCUGAGUCUCUGGAUUGGGAGACAGAUCUGGGCUAACCCAUUGAAAACAAAAAAAAGUCUGCAGUUUUUAAUAGUGAAGCUGUAAUAAACUACCAGGAGGACGGGACAGGUCAUGUCUGAGCUAGCAUAGUGUGUUUGUAGGCCGGGAGGAAAGGGUUACAAGAAAAUAACAGAGUCCGUGCAUCCUGCACUUUGAAGCGACAACUACGGGUCAGGAAAACUCGAGGAUCUCCAGGCCGCUGGAGCGAAACCCCUGCAACAGUAAUUCAGUGCCGCUGGGUUCAUUAGGCAAGUGCAUCUUGCCUUGACUUGACGGAGUGAGGACGGGGAUCGAAGCGAGGCCUCACCGUGGUUUGGGAGUGUCGGGGGGCCGAGAACGGAAAGAGGAUAAUCAAUCAUCGGUCAGACCUCAAUCCCGGGAUCUGAGAAACACGAAACCGCCACAGAAAUGAUGGAAGAACUGCAUAGUCUGGACCCCCGACGCCAGGAACUUCUGGAGGCGAGAUUCAUGGGAGCUGGCGCCAGCAGAGGUCCAGUAAAUAAUGAGUCUUCCAACCAGAGUUUGUGCAGCGUGGGGUCUCUCAGUGACAAGGAGCUGGAGACUCCUGAGAAAAAACCGAAUGAACAGAGGAACAGGAAGCGAAAAGUAGAGCCGUAUGACACCAGCCAAGGGAAAGGCACAACAAGAGGGCAUAAAAUCAGUGAUUACUUUGAGUUUGCAGGUGGCAGUGGCCCGGGAACGAGCCCUGGCAGGAGUGCCCCUCCUGUGGCACGGUCUUCACCACAACAUUCCUUAUCCAACCCCCCUUCCGUACAGCAAGGCAGCCCUUCAUCUACAGGCUCGGCAAACACUGAUCAUUCCUGCAGCUCCCAGAAACCCAUCUCUGUCCUGCACAAAUCCACACAGUCAGACCUCACAAUAGAGAAGCUCACUGCCCUGGAAAACAACAAGAACUCUGACCUAGAGAAGAAAGAGGGCAGGAUAGAUGAUUUAUUACGGGCGAACUGCGACUUGAGGCAACAGAUUACUGAGCAGCAGAAGAUGUUGGAGAAGUACAAAGAAAGGUUAAACAAUUGUGUGACCAUGAGUAAAAAGCUGCUAAUAGAGAAGUCCAAGCAGGAGAAGAUGGCAUGUCGAGACAAGAGCAUGCAGGACCGUCUCAGGCUGGGGCAUUUCACUACAGUCAGACACGGAGCCUCCUUCACAGAGCAGUGGACAGAUGGAUAUGCCUUUCAGAACCUCAUCAAACAACAAGAGCGAAUAAACUCCCAGAGAGAGGAGAUCGAGAGGCAGAGGAAGAUGUUAGCAAAGCGAAAACCACCAGCUAUGGGCCAGACGCCACCCCCAAAUAUCGAGCAGAAACCACGGAAAAACAAAACCAACGGUGCUGAAAAUGAAAUGGUGAUUCAUAAUCCGUGUCGGAGCAUCAUUAACACUGCAGGGUUAACUUUAUCAGAGUAUCACGAACAGGAGGAGAUUUUCAAACUUAGGCUUGGGCAUCUUAAAAAGGAGGAAGCUGAGAUCCAGGCUGAGCUGGAACGGUUAGAGAGAGUACGAAAUCUGCACAUCCGAGAACUGAAGAGGAUACACAAUGAAGACAACUCACAGUUCAAAGAUCACCCCACACUGAAUGACCGGUACCUGUUGUUACAUUUACUGGGAAGAGGUGGAUUCAGUGAAGUGUACAAGGCUUUUGACUUAACAGAACAGAGAUACGUAGCUGUAAAAAUUCACCAGUUAAAUAAAAAUUGGAGAGAUGAGAAGAAAGAGAACUACCACAAACAUGCCUGCAGGGAGUACAGAAUCCACAAGGAGCUGGAUCACCCCCGGAUAGUCAAACUGUACGACUACUUCUCACUCGACACAGACUCGUUUUGUACAGUUCUGGAAUACUGCGAGGGGAACGACCUGGAUUUCUACCUGAAACAGCACAAGCUGAUGUCAGAGAAGGAGGCUCGUUCCAUCAUCAUGCAGAUCGUCAAUGCGCUCAAGUAUCUCAAUGAGAUCAAGCCCCCCAUCAUCCAUUACGACCUGAAGCCAGGUAAUAUUCUUCUAGUGAACGGGACCGCAUGUGGCGAGAUUAAAAUCACAGAUUUUGGAUUAUCUAAAAUCAUGGACGAUGACAGCUAUAAUUCUGUGGACGGAAUGGAGUUGACAUCGCAAGGAGCUGGCACUUACUGGUACCUUCCACCUGAGUGUUUUGUGGUUGGGAAAGAGCCUCCAAAGAUCUCCAACAAGGUGGACGUGUGGUCGGUGGGAGUAAUCUUCUACCAGGGCCUGUAUGGAAGGAAGCCUUUUGGUCACAACCAGUCCCAACAGGACAUACUCCAGGAGAACACCAUCCUGAAAGCUACAGAAGUUCAGUUUCCUCCAAAGCCUGUUGUGUCCCCAGAAGCAAAGGCAUUCAUCCGCCGCUGCCUGGCAUACCGGAAAGAGGAUCGGAUAGCCGUCCACCAGUUGGCUAGUGAUCCGUACUUGAUGCCUCACAUCCGAAAAUCUGUCUCCACCACAGGUGCCCCUGGGACUGCCAUCCCUUCGACAUCCAGCUCCUCCAAUAGUAGUGCUUCAAACUGAGCUGCUGCUCUUGGAUGCUCACUCUGAACAGUGUCAGCAAAGUCCAAGUAAACCAAGUGUGGACCAAGUGUUUCUCAUUUCCUUUAGCAUGAAAAUAUCGACUCUUGAGAAGACACGUGUAUCCAUAAGGGUGCAAGACAGGAAAAGGGAGAGAGGACGAGAUUCAUUAUCAAGAAGCUACUGCUGCUUGUAAAAAACUAGGUAUCCAUCAUUCUGACUGAUUUACUUCAAUCAGAACAGCUUAAGAUGGUUGAAAGACAGAAACAGAUCUAUCUGUGAUCAUCUUCAAUUGAACUCCUCUGAAACUGAAGUUGGGAUGUUGAAGAUUUAGUUUGUUUCUUUCAUAGAAGUUGUUGGAUUUCUGAAAAAAAAAAAAAAGUUAACUAAGCACAAGUGUUAGGCUUGGGAACAAUUGCAUUUUACUCCCUUGUCUUUCAAAGUUUGGGACUACCCGUUGGUGGUUUUAGAACUAGUGAGCUUUAUUUUAUUUAUUUUUUAAUCCCUUUUUAUUAUUUUUUAAGGGGAGGCAGGGGCUGACUCCUGAAGUGCACAGGUUACACUUUGUGGAUUGUGUUUUUGAAACCAAACUGGAAACUGGCCUUUUAGUCUGGGAAAUGAAUAUAAACCAUUAAAUAAUAUUAUUGAAAGGUA